GUUGACAACACCGACGCUACACUAUUGUUGCAUUGAUUUUGGUCGGGAUGUUGCAUUUUAUUAAUAGUUUUACUAUCUAUUUGGAUAUAUUUAAUCAAAGGUGCAUAUAAGACUAAUAGUGAUGCUAAGUUAAAUAUGAACACUGAUAAAUACAAAACAGUGCGUUCACGUACCUUGAAGUUUCAUCGACACUCACUUUUCGCCAUAGGUUCAUAGACAGUGUUGGCGUGUGUAUGUGUAACUGUUUAGUAAAAGUAAAACGAGAUAUGUGCUUUUAGUGUUAUAAGUUUAGAAAAGAUGGCUAGUCCGUCACCUCAGAGUAGCCCAAUGCCGCCUCCACAGGCACCAAGCCCAAUGGGGCCGCCGACUCAGAGCCCGGCGCCGCCACAGUCGCCACACAGCCCUUAUAACCAGCAACAUGUCAAUGGACCGCCGCCGUCUCAUCCUUCUGGCGCUGGACAACCGCCUAUGCCUAAUCAUAUGUCGCCCUCAGGCCCUCCGCAUCCAAGUGCCAAUGGCCCACCUGGUGUACCUUUACAACAUCCUGGAAUGCCACCUAGUGGCCACCAAAUGCCACCGCAUAUGGUGGGCCCGCAUAUGCAGGGACCUCCCGGUCACCCAAUAGGGCCUGGGGGCUCUCAUCCACCUGGACCAAAUGGUCACCCUGGUGCACCUCAGCAUCCUAACAUGCCUGGGCAGGGACCACCUCAUGGAUACAUGCAGCAUCAGAUUGGACAUAUGCCUCCAGGACAGGGUCCUAUGCAAAUGGGUGGAGGUCCAUCGCCCGGGAAUGGUCCGCAAGGUCCACCGGGCGGCCCGGGAGUGCCGCUGCCGCCGCCGCACGGUCACCCGCAGGGUAUGCCGCCAGCCGCGCCCGGACACAUGCCAUCUCAUCACGCCAUGAUGCCUGGCCAGGGCCCGCCCCCGCACGCCGCAUCCCCCGGCUACGGGCACGCGGGCGGGGCGGGCGCGGGCGGCGCGGCGCCCUCGCCCGGCGCGCCCGCCCCGCCGCAGCAGGCCGGCGCGCCGCCGCACCCGCCGGCCGCGCAGACGCCGCCGCACGGACAGCCGCCACCACCUUCCUCCUCCACUAAUGGCGCACCUCCGGCUUCCUCUCCGAUGCAGGGCUCGCUACCGACACCUGGCCCCGAUAAUUUGCACGCUAUUCAGCGUACUAUUGAUUCUAUGGAAGAAAAGGGCCUUCAAGAGGACCCAAGAUUCUCACAAUUAUUAGCCCUGCGAGCCCGUUCGAACCCGCAAGAUCCCGGAAAAGGAUUAUUCAGCAACAAUCAACUUUGCCAGCUGAAAGCACAAAUUACGGCAUACCGAAAUCUCGCUCGAAACCAGCCACUGACUCAGCAGAUAGCUCUGAUGGCAUCUGGUAAGCGGACGGGCGAGGCCCCGCCCGAGUGCCCGACGCCUCCGGCUCAGGCUUACGGUGAGGCAGGGCAGGGGGCCCCGGCGGGCGCGGCGGGCAGUGCAGGUGCGGGCGGCAAGGCGGGCGCGGGCGGCGCGGCGGCCGAGGCGGCGCGCGGCGGCGGCGGCGCGCCCCCCACGCCGCUGCCCAUGACCGGCCAGAUGGCGCCCCCCACACAGCUCACCCCGCCAUUGGUCAAUCCGCCAAUGAGCGGCGGGCCACCGCUGCGAGGUCCCGCACCGCUGCGAGCUCCCGCACCCGGCACUCAGCCGCAACAUCAGCCGGGAGUACCAGUACCAGGGGCGAAACAAAACCGUAUCACCAGCAUGCCCAAACCAGUUGGCAUUGAUCCCCUCCAGAUAUUGAACGAAAGAGAAAAUAGAAUAGCAGCGCGCAUCGCCCACCGCAUUGAGAUGCUGUCGAACUUGCCGGCUAACAUCCCCGAUGACCUGCGUCUGCAAGCACAGAUUGAACUCAGAGCACUUCGGGUUCUUAACUUCCAGAAACAGUUACGUUCUGAGAUCUUGGGGCAAGUGCGUCGCGACACGACACUGGAGACGGCUGUGAACAUAAAGGCGUACAAACGCACCAAGCGGCAGGGACUGCGCGAGGCCAGAGCCACCGAGAAACUUGAGAAGCAGCAGAAACUCGAGGCCGAGAGGAAGCGGCGCCAGAAACACCAGGAAUUCUUGCAGACAGUGCUGCAACAUGCUAAGGACUUCAAGGAGUACCACCGUAACAACGUAGCUAAGUUGGCGCGUAUGAACAAAGCUAUAAUGAACCACCACGCUAACGCCGAACGCGAGCAGAAGAAGGAACAAGAGCGUAUCGAGAAGGAGCGUAUGAGACGCUUGAUGGCUGAAGAUGAAGAGGGUUACCGUAAGCUUAUCGAUCAGAAGAAAGAUAAGCGUUUGGCGUUCCUGCUGUCGCAGACCGACGAAUACAUUGCCAGUCUCACGGAGAUGGUCAAACAGCAUAAGCAGGAACAACGGAAGAAACAACAGGAGGAGGAGCGCAGGAAAAGGAAGUCAAGGAAGAAGAAGUUGCUAGAAGGUGGAGAGAUCGACGCUAUGGACGACAGCUCUCAGACGUCUGACUCGCGCGUUCACGUCAUGGAUCCGAAGACGGGCGAGAUACUGCGAGGUGAAGAGGCACCGCUGUUGUCUCAGUUGAAAGACUGGAUGGAGACUCAUCCUGGGUGGGAAGUACUGUCUGACUCUGAGGAUUCGGGAGAUGACAGUCAAGAUGAUGAUGAGAGAAGGCGAGGCCACCGAGAUGAAAGGAGUGAUAAGGAGAAGACGGAUGAGGAGAAGGCGCGGGAAAUGAUCAAGAAGGCCAAGAUCGAAGACGAUGAAUACAAGACGGAAGAACAAACAUAUUACAGUAUUGCGCACACAGUCCACGAAUCAGUUACCGAACAAGCCAGCAUUCUGGUUAACGGAAAGCUCAAAGAAUAUCAAAUUAAGGGUCUCGAAUGGCUGGUAUCUUUGUUCAAUAACAAUUUGAACGGCAUUUUGGCUGAUGAGAUGGGUCUCGGAAAAACCAUUCAAACUAUUGCCUUGGUCACGUAUUUGAUGGAGAAGAAAAAAGUUAACGGACCAUUCCUGAUUAUUGUGCCACUCAGUACUCUGUCGAACUGGGUGCUGGAGUUCGAGAAGUGGGCGCCGACAGUGUCGGUGGUCUCGUACAAGGGCUCGCCGCAGUCGCGCCGUCUCGUGCAGGCGCAGAUGCGGUCCACCAAGUUCAACGUCUUGCUCACCACCUAUGAAUACGUCAUCAAGGAUAAAGCAGUAUUGGCUAAGGUGCAAUGGAAGUACAUGAUAAUCGACGAGGGUCACCGCAUGAAGAACCACCACUGCAAGCUGACGCAGGUGCUGAACACGCACUACAUCGCGCCGCACCGCCUGCUGCUGACGGGCACUCCGCUGCAGAACAAGCUGCCCGAGCUCUGGGCGCUGCUCAACUUCCUGCUGCCCUCCAUCUUCAAGAGCUGCUCCACCUUCGAGCAGUGGUUCAAUGCUCCCUUUGCUACUACCGGGGAAAAGGUCGAGUUGAACGAAGAAGAAACUAUCCUUAUUAUCCGUCGUCUGCACAAAGUACUUCGUCCGUUCUUGCUGCGUAGGCUUAAGAAGGAGGUCGAGAGCCAGCUGCCCGACAAGGUCGAAUACAUUAUCAAGUGUGACAUGAGCGGUCUGCAACGAGUUCUAUACAAGCACAUGCAAUCUAAGGGAGUGCUACUGACGGAUGGCUCAGAGAAGGGCAACAAGGGCAAGGGCGGGGCUAAAGCUCUCAUGAACACCAUUGUACAACUGCGCAAGCUUUGUAACCAUCCAUUCAUGUUCCAACACAUUGAAGAGAAGUUCUGCGACCACAUUGGCACUGGCGGGGGAGUGGUUACUGGGCCCGAUCUAUACCGAGUGUCUGGUAAAUUUGAGCUGCUCGACCGUAUUCUGCCUAAACUGAAGCAAACAGGUCACAGAGUCCUAGUGUUCUGUCAAAUGACGCAGUGCAUGACCAUCAUUGAAGAUUACCUCUCAUGGAGAGCAUUCCAGUAUUUAAGGUUGGACGGUAUGACCAAGGCGGAGGACCGUGGUGAGCUGCUGAAGAAGUUCAACGACGUAGGGUCUGACUACUUUAUAUUCUUGCUGUCGACGCGCGCCGGUGGGCUCGGUCUCAAUCUGCAGAGCGCUGACACUGUCAUCAUAUUCGAUUCAGAUUGGAAUCCCCAUCAGGAUCUCCAAGCUCAAGAUCGUGCUCAUCGUAUCGGACAACGUAACGAGGUGCGCGUGCUGCGUCUGAUGACCGUCAACUCGGUCGAAGAGAGAAUUCUUGCCGCAGCUAGGUAUAAGUUGAACAUGGAUGAAAAAGUCAUUCAAGCUGGUAUGUUUGACCAAAAGUCCACGGGUUCCGAGCGUCAACAGUUCCUACAGAGUAUCCUGCAUCAAGACGGCGAUGAUGAAGAGGAAGAGAACGAGGUCCCAGACGACGACCUCAUCAACGAGAUGAUAGCUCGUUCUGAAGAGGAGUUGGAGAUCUUCAAGCAGAUCGAUAUCGAACGCAAGAAGGUCGAGACGCAGUCCCGACUUAUUGACGAGUCCGAGCUCCCUGACUGGCUGGUGAAGCACGAGGACGAGGUCGUGUGCAAUAAGGGUCAAGGUUGGAACUACCUGGACGAGGACGAAACGCUUGGCCGCGGGUCCCGACAGCGCAAGGAAGUGGACUACACGGACUCGCUCACCGAGAAGGAGUGGCUCAAGGCCAUCGACGAGGAGUUCGAAGAGGAGGAGGAAGAAGACGAUGACGAUGAAGUGCUCGACAAGAAACGCAAGAAAGGGCGCAAGCGACGCCGCAAUCAAGACGAAUCAGACGAGGAGGAAUUGCCUACUUCAUCGAAAAAGAAAAGUAAAACUGAAUUGAACCAGCUAAAGAAACGUCUCAAAAACAUUAUGAAGAAAGUAAUUGAUUAUUCUGACGAGGGAGGUCGCGUGUUGUCUGAGCCUUUUAUGAAGCUGCCGUCUCGGCGAGAACUGCCCGAUUACUAUGACGUCAUCAAAAAGCCGUUGGACAUAAAGAAAAUUAUGAACAGAAUUGAAGAUGGAAAGUACGCUGAUAUAUUGGACCUGGAACGUGACUUUUUCACGCUGUGCGCCAACGCUCAGACUUAUAAUGAAGAACAAUCGUUGAUUUAUGAAGACUCGGUGCGCUUGCGCAAUGUUUUUAUUGAAGUACGACGCCGCUAUGAGAGCGGGCAGAACUCUGAUGAUUCUGACGAUAAUGAUAAAGAUGACGACGACUCGGAUGGCGAGUCUAACCGCUCCGUAAAAAUGAAGAUUAAAUUGAAGGGUAAAAGCAAGAGUACGCCAUCCCGAAAGCGGAAGCAGCGGAAAUAUAACAUCUCUGAUGACGACGAUUACGAGGAAGACUAAACUCACUGUAUUGCCCUUCUUACUAUGAAAUAUUUGAUCAAUCAUGUUACUAUCUAAGCUAACAAUUCAACCUUCAAAUCCAUAGAUUAUAAUAAUUGUAUGAAUGUUUGACAUUAUAAUUUUGUAGAUGAAUUUAUUUAUAAUUUCGACAAUUGAAAUGAUUUUUAGUUAAGCCAGAAUGUAGUAUUUAAAUGCACUUUAUUAUUACGUCUAAUAUUUCAGCUUUGUAACUGAAGGUAAAUAUUUCAUUAUCUAUUUUAGUUCUCAGAAGGGAUAUAGGGUAUUCUAUGUAGUUGUAACAUGGUAACAUCUAAUAGAUAUAAGUAUAUUAUUAGGAAUAACAAUUUAUGGUUAAGUAAUGAAACAAUGACUUUAGUAAAAUCUUAAAAUACAAUAAAACCAGUAUAACCUUAUGGUUGCAUUGCAGCUCGUGAAUUCUGUUUGUGGCAAAAUAAUACCAACUGCCCCCAAUUUGCGGUGUGUAUCUUAUAACACAUAUUUAGCCAAGAAUAAAUCUUUUCGCUAAUUAAAUGCAUAACUUAAAUUAUUUGACAUUUAAAUAGUGUAUGUCAUUAAUAUUUUUACCAUAAAGACAUCAAAACAGUGUUAUUUCAAAUUUAGGUAGUAGUAUAUUUCCAUGUAUGUGCUUUGGCAUUAAAAUAAAAUUUCUAUGUUUAAA